UAUAGCGGCCAUCCCGCCAUACACGAUUUUGAUUGAUUCUCAGUGGCCCCGUGCUGUGGGCAGACCGUAAAUUCCGAGGAUGCCCUGUUUGUGUAAUAAAUUUCCAAUGGACCGUGUGCUACGGGAUGUACGCCGGGAAGAUGAGGUGGAGCCCGUGGAAUCGGAUCGUGAUAAUGGAUCACACGCCAGAUUGGCGGGGAAAUACCCUGUGCGGUUGCAGCAGCCACAAAACUARUAACAAACUCGGCRUUUCCAAUCCGUGGUUUCCCAAAGGUCCAUGUUGCCUCCACGUGAUAUCCUAUGGCUGCUCUUAAGUCAAAAGAAGCUAUCGUAGCUAUUGCGCCUCCCAAUGAAUGCCCUGCCAGUACCAAUCGAGUGCAAUUGAGAUCUUCGAUAGCUCUAUGGACAUCCGUGCGGAUUUCAUCAUAAGCCUGGGCAAAUCCAUGGUGCGCUUUGCAGCCCUGACACCAAUCGACACCGCUGAGAUCGUUGAGGGGCCACGGGCGGAGCAUAAGAAGAAAAUCAGCGUACCAGUUUGCUGGUUUUAAUGAGCCUCGAAAUGAUACCAUGCACUUGAUAUCGUCAUUUCUGCCAUUCUCGUUCGAUGGGUUGUCAUCGAAGUUUAAGACAUUGCUUCGCACUAAGUCAUUAUUUCCUGGAAUCUGAGCAACAUAUCCUUGCACUUGAAAGCGCUGACCUUCUGGAAUGUAUCUUAUUUUGUCAUUCCCCACUACUGGAGCAUUAUCGCAUAUUUCUCCACACGACCACGAUGYAAUCGCACGUUCUGUGCAAAAUGCAGCUUUUGAAUAAAAAAUAUGUCGAAGAGCUUCUUCUUCGUCAUAUUCUGGGAUUUCGAGCAAUUCUAAAUAUUCAGAAUUUGUGUUCUUCCCAUCAUAAGAGAUAUAACCAUUUUGUGUUCCCUUCGUCAAAAAAUAAGCGACAACAGCCAAGAGUAUACCGAUGAUGGGCACGAUCCACUGUCCGAGCGAGGGCUUCUUUGCAACAUUGAUGGCGUCUGCUGUUGACGAGAAAGACAAGGGCAUUAACGUCGAUGCGGUCGAUGAAGUGUUUUCCCGUUCAUCUGGUGUGUAUUCCUGUAGCGUCAUUGUUGUUCAAAUGCAGAUAAAAGACAAUUCCUACUGGUAUUUUCGAACAAUUCAUGAUACUGCAAUGCGAUUGUUUCAACUCUAGUUCAUCUCGCUUAUUUCAUUUUUUCUGACCUGUGGAUGGACAUACUCCGUGCUUCGGAGGUUGUGAAUUUGCAUCAACUAAUCAAUUGGUACUGUCUGAAGUUGAUAAAAAAGAUAAAAGAAAACCCUGUUCCAUCCAUGGCAGGCAGUAUUUUGAUUGGUGGGUACAGAUUCUUUAAAAGUUGAGGUAUCUUGUGGGAAUAUUUUUGGCUACUAUUACUACUAGUAGUACUAGUGGCAUUAGUAGUAGUAGUUUAGUACAUUCUAAUACUAGUGCUUCUUCUUGCUGCUGGUGGGGGUCCUCAUCAUGCACCAACAACAAGAAGGAGUGUUGUUGUUUGGUGGUCCUCCUCCUGGUGUGAAUGAGCAGGAGGAAAGGGGGCAAGGGUUUGUUGUUGUGGGCUGCUGUUAUUUGAUGGGGGGGAGUCAAAUCAGUUGGUGCACAAUUUCAUGGUGGUUUAAUUUCUACAUAGAUAAUUUAAGGUAACUUAAAUUUAAAGUAGCUCAAAAGCAGCUUAAAAGYAGCUUUCAACAAGCUACUGAAACAAAGCCUACCUUUUAAGCUACUUUAUUUCUACCUUUUCAUUGACUACUGAUUGAAAAGGGCUGUUAUUCUGAUGAAUUUGAUAAGGAUCAGUACCAUGGUAGGGAAUGUACACAAGAAGUAGUACGCACCUAGCUAGUUGUACGUMCAGUAGCUUGUUAGUAAAGUAUCUGGUGGUAAUGCAUUGUUUUGUAAUGUCCCAGUAGUAUUAGUAGUAGCAUGAGGGRUCCUGGGUGCCAUGGCUUGUUACAAACAAGAUUGAAGCUGCUGGUGAAUCAUUUGUGCUGUGUGGCACCCCCCCCAGUGUUGACAAUGAUUGGMCAGCACAUCUUACUACUAGUACUAGUAGUAGUGCUACUACUAGUACUACUACUACUAGUGCUACUACUAGUACUACUAGUAGUAGUGCUACUGCUAGUACUACUAAUACCCUGUGCAUUCACCAUUCAAAAACAUCAUGCAUGCUAGUAUCGUAUAGGCUUGGCCAGCCAAUGUACGGUUUAAACCUUGGAUUAGCGGCCAUCUAAUUACCAUGUAAUGACUCGUGGGAUUAAAAAUUGGCUUGUACUGCAGUGUACAGCGGGMACACGUUCAUGCGACCAAAUAGUUUUGCGCGCACGUCGUGCUCAACGAACAAUUUUGGCUUCGAACACAUGCAAAGUUUUAAUYCCACGAGUUGCUUCCACAUGCAUGCUGUAGGCCUAGUACAAGUCAAAUUUUUAAUCCCACGAGUCAUUACACGGUAAUUAGAUGGCCGCUAAUCCACGCACACGUAUUUAACCGUUUAACUGUUUCAGUCUUGAACUGACCGUUUCGGCUAUAACUUUUUCCCCAACGAACGCUUGAGUAUGAUAAGCACAUGGUUGAAAAGAGAAUUCAAAGAGCUUUCUAAUGGCGUGGGGGAGUACGGCGUACGACGAAUAUUGACUGAUAUACGUUUACGUAUAUAUUGAAUUGCUAAUGUACRGUUUAAACCGUGCUUUUUUGCUUGGCCCAGCCUAUACRAUAGAUGCUGCUACUACUAGUAUCAUGGCAAUCRUCGUSCUGAGGAGUACAAAUUCUUUUCUUUCAAAUGUYGUGCCUCAGUUGCAAAUGAUCAGAUUGGAAAAAAAUUACAGGUGGUACAGAUGUACCACAUGGCACUCACCAAACUUUCAGUGGUCCUACAAACACUAAUGCUACUACUAGCAGUAUUACAUUUUCUUGUUGCAGUCAAAGGGUUUGUGAUAUUUGCAAUGUUGGUGUAAAUUUCACUUUUCUUUAGUAGUAUGGUGGGUUCUUUCUUCUUGUUAUUAUUGAGGUUGUUGUGCUUUUACUACUUUAGUAUAAGAAGUACCACUAGUACGUCACAUACUAGUAGGAGUGAUGAUAGUAGUAGAGGAGUGCUCUUGGUGGUUGCUGUUGUGUCUGUGGUUCUUGUUCUUGCUCCUGUGGUACUUGCUGUUGCUGCAGCACCACCAAUGGUGCUGGGGUUUACAUUAGUACUAGUACUAGUUGGUGUAAAAAAAUUUGGGUUGCUGUCCUCCUCCUCUUCAUUGAAUCACCACCAGCAAGCACCACCAUUUCUUUCUUUUGAGAAUGAGAAUUAAAUAGAAAUAGUAAUACUAGUAGUAUGACAUAAAUUACUUAAAGGUUACUACUACUAUUAUUUAUAUUUAUUAGUAGUGUUGUUGUUGUUGUUGUUGUUCAUUACUUUACAUGGCAACAGGGCAACAGGUUGCAGAGUGUUUGAAAAACGUUGGGAUGCAACGGUCCACAACGCCUUUUUUCCAUCCUUGACCGUUGCACAACGCCGUUGCAUAAUAAAAUGUAUAAUAUUGAUAUAAUUACUUGAUAGUAGUCCCAUACCAMCACUAUGAUGUUGCUAUUCACUURAUCAUUCAAAGAUGCGCCCAUUUGUUUCUCAUACCAUUCCAAAUUUUCAGCUAGUACUAGUAGUACAUACUACAAAGUCCUCCCUGCAAUAUCAGGAUCAAGCUUAGUGCGUAGAUCACUGAUGAUCCUCUGUGCCCUACUAAAUAUUCUUUCUGAAGGAGCAGAUGUUGCUUGAACAGCAAGAUACUUCCUUGCUAGAACAGCCAAUGUUGGAAAUUGGUUCUUUUUGUUUUUUCCCCACCAUUGUACUAGAGGAUUGGAGUGCCUGGUCUUGCCACUCUCCUUGUCUAUCUCAAAGGGUGCAAGUUGGGGAGGGGAAAUGUACCUAAGCAGCUCCAGAUCGCAUGAUUCCUUGAUACUCUGAGGAUUGGAAGACACUGCAGCUUUCUCUUUUUGUGCCUGUCGCUGCAUGAUCAUCAAAGGGUCCACCAGCUCUUCUGUACCAGCACUAGUAUCGCUACCACUAGUAGCAGAGGCUGCCACCACAGAGUCAUUGCUGUUGCUGGUAGCUUCAACUGCCCCACUAGUCUCUUCAGCAAUCCCAUUGGUGGUGGUCCUGUUGGUCCUGGUCAUCUCUUCAAUCAUUAGUACUAGAUCUGUAAUCUUUUCAUUGAUUUCUUUCCUUUGAUGCUUUGCAGACCGAGGGCAAUCCUCCUCAUGAAAGUCACCAUCAUUUAAACCAAUGUGGCCCAAACUUUUGAAACGUGGGUCAAGAAAAGCUGCAAUGAUAAAGAGAGGAUGAAUACCCUUCUUCUGUCUGUUUUGGCCACUGUGUUGGACUUUUUCGUUCCACAUAGGAAAACUUCUGUUGCCCCAACGGUUUUCAAAAUCUUUCAACAACACUAAGCUCAUAUGUCUCACAAUCACAUUGUUGUCUUUACUACAUAACUAGUACUAGUACUAGUACUAGUACUAGUAGUAGUAGUAGUAGUAGUAGUAGUAGUAGUAGUAGUAGUAGUAGUAGUAGUAGUAGUAGUAGUGUAGAAGGUCUAAGAGUUCAUAUUAAAUUCAGUCUUGCCUAAAUAUUUAGUCCCAUAUGUGUGUGCAGUCUUGCAUUUUUUAGUCCCAUAUGAUUCAGUCUAGCGUUGCACCGUUGCAAAAAUUUUAACCCUAGUGCAGCGUUGCAACGCUCAAAAAGCGUUGCGUUGCGGACCCCUACUUUUUUCUCUUCUCUUGUACAUACCAUGAGUACGUAUUACGAGUACGAGGUACUUACCAUAUACAGUAGCAGUUACCAGUCCAAUUCGUACGAUUGCGUCUGCCGCACGAUUUUUCAACAAAAUAAUAACGAAGUCCAUGACUUCAAAUACUCGCGCAACUGCGAUUAUGAUUACCAGUGCUGGUACCCAUUGUUACCACUGGCUUCGUAACAAGAUGAAAUAUGUGGCAGAGACAAGCAACAAAUGGGGCGGGAGAAGGACGCAAGCGUCAAUAGAUUCUCGAAACGAGAUUCCGGCGGAGGUUGAGGCUGGUGACAACGACUACGAGAUAAAUGACGACUAUGACGACGAGAACCGCGAUGAAAAUGAUGGGCAGUUGGCAUCCAGUCGUGCAAUCCAAAACGAUAUAAUAUCGAAGUUCCCGCAGGACCACCUGGUGCAUUGUUUCGGAUAUGGUUCGGGCGUGUUUACUCAGAGCCUUUCAAGAGAGAAGGGUGCCGCGAAUGCCGGGAUGCUAGACCUCAUUUUAGUGGUCGACGACACCCAAAAAUUCCACAACGAGAAUCUGCAGAGGUUCCCUCACCACUACGCCCCGUGGUUGCGUUUUGGAGGCCCCAAUCUUGCGACGAGGAUGCAACGUCAGGGAUUGCCUUGGCUGCCGGACGCUCACGUUUUGUUCCACGUCGUGGACGCAGACGAAAGCAGCGGCCUUCCAAACAUGAAGUACGGCGUAGUCGACAAAAAAGAUUUGGUCGGGGACCUCGUCGGUUGGUAUUCCCUAUACCUGGCGGGUCGCAUGCACAAACCCACUUUGAACGUUGUUUCUAGAGACGACGACUUGGUUCGCGCCCAAACAAAGAAUCUUCGGGCCGCCACGUCGAUGGCACUCCUGUUAUCCUCGUCGGCCAACGACACCGCUACGUCCGCUGUGUCGUGGCCGUCUCUCUACCGCCAAAUCGCCGCUCUCAGCUACACGGGAGACUUCCGAAUGCAGGUGGGAGGGGAAGAUCCGCUAAAACUCGACAAGCUCAUCCAAGCACCAGGACAGCUACAACGCUUUCACGACAUGUACCGACCCAUAUUUAAAUCAUACGAGAUGUCCGGAUUCCUAUCGACAUCUUAUCCAUCAUCCGGUGGUGGUGGCAGUKGUGGAGUCGAAUGGAAUCCGAACGAUCCAUCCGUAAUAAAUCAAUUGGUGCGUCAGUUACCAAAAUCGUUGCGAGAGGGCACUGCUACUGGUACAGCAACGACAAAGAGCACCAAACAUCUUAGAGUAAAUCACGACGUUCUGGCCAAGGCAUUGUCGGCAAUCGUAGCCCCUGCCGCCAGGAACCAAUCCUUCAAGGGAGUGUUCACCCUAGGAUUUCGAAAAAGCAUUCGGUAUGCCAGCGCCAAACUAUCGAAGGGUCUCUUCGCUCGGAAAAAAUAGGAAGAUUCACCAGUUCAAACUUAGUAU